AGUGCUGGAACAAGCCAAAUGUUACAAGUCGGAGAGCCUCGACGCAAGGUUACAAAUGGAGAGCAAAACAAGCAGAAAACCACCGAUUUUCCAGCUCACAAGAAUGAGCUCAUGAAAACGUCCAAUGAACAGACAAAAAAUGCAACAAAUACUAGAGAACUGGCAGAUGAGUUAGCUGCUGAGUUGAGGGAGAUGAAAGCGUGCAAUGCUCAGGGCAAGAUGUUGAGUUCUAGUGGAGAAUGCAUUCAAUUGAAUCCAAAGUUUGAGAUUAAGUGGAUAACGUUCAACGGAAUAACAAUGGAAAUCUAUGGUCAGAAGGGAGUCGAGAGAAUACAACGACACGAACUCCUAAAUCAUGGCUAUCAAAUCUUUUGGAGCGUUCCGUUUGCAAACAGAAAUUACACACUGACCGGAUCGUCUAAUAUGCUAUAUACUAACGGUGCAAUGUUUGGCCUACAAGGAAACAAUAUACAAGGCAACGUAUACAACUACUUUAGAGAAGACUCUUGUGGAGUGGCAGUCAGACAACCGGAUACUAAUGAAAACACUGAUUCCGAUUACAUCAGCGUUGUUGCCAUUGGAACGGAAUAGGUUUCCUAGUUAGACACAAACCGAACGAACACGCAAUCUAGAUUAAUUAAAGUGACAUUCAUACUUUUAGUUCUUGCUAUGAUCUGCUGUCUAACCGGUGCCCGUAUAAAUACCGGUGCCCGUCUAACAAUUGGAAUUGUUAUACGGGCACCGUACAAACUAGCGCGAGAGGGUCUGCUGGAAUCUCUAGCGCUAGUCUUGUCCGGUGCCCGUAUAAAAAUUUG